AUGAAUGUUGAGGGUAUUGGCAUUAGCAUCCCGGUGGAGUUCAUACAAAAACGCUGCCCUGCAAUGCUAGGAUUUUUAAAGAACGCGAAUUCCUUUCAAUUACAAUUGAAAUGCAACGUUGGAAUACGAGGGGGCAGGAGAAAAUUUUCUGAGACGGUUGUGAUUUACGUACGAAUAACCGAGAAGAACGGUCGACUUUUAUUUCACGCCAGAUAUGGCAACUGUUACGAAGGAGUUUACGAAAGCACCACCCACGCAGAGUAUUUCAUGCUGGUUGAUGAGGAUUUUAGAGAAGCGGUCAAUAUUCUUCAAAAUCAGAACGGAGGAGAGAUCAACUUAUUCAUGAACAAACAACCUUGCUAUAGAUCAACAGGACAUGGAAAGAAAACUGUCCUCAAGGUAAAAGACUGUGCUCAAGAUCUAAUCAAUUUUUACAAUGAUUAUUGUUUACCUCACGGAAUAAAACUGACAAUUAAUUUGUGUCAGUUGUACAAGGUUGAUAUGUCGCUCAGUUCAGUCGAUAGAUCUCUAGCAACAGACAUUAUAAACGCUAGACUAGGGGUGAAAAUAAUGUUCUCUUGUGGUAUUGAGCUGUUGGCAAUGAGAGAGGACUCCUGGAAAUCACUAGCUGAGAUAUCACACAUCCAGUUACCUGCCUAUGAAGACAGCGAUCGUCAAAAAUUAGACCGAUACAUCAACUUGGUUCUUUCCAAAAUAAAAGGAACAUCAAUUCAUUUACUUACCAAAUAUAGUCCGUUAGAUUUAGCAAGUUAACGAGUUAUGCACUAAGAUUUUCAUAGUCUUUACUGCUAAACUGAUCCGUUC